UGCGCGCUGACAGCCUUAUAAAUAGUCGCCUUUGCAGGCGGCUGAGAGGACAGGCAGGGCACGCACUGGCCCCAGCGACCACCACACCCUCCCCCAGAGUGCUGACCUAGCUAACAGACCUCAGCAGGAUGGAAGAGAAACUGAAGAAGGCCAAGAUCAUCUUUGUGGUGGGUGGGCCUGGCUCAGGUAAAGGCACCCAGUGUGAGAAGAUUGUGCAGAAAUAUGGAUACACCCACCUCUCUACUGGGGACCUGCUACGGGCAGAAGUCAGCUCUGGAUCUGAGAGGGGCAAGAUGCUAUCUUCCAUCAUGGAGAAGGGGGAGCUGGUGCCACUGGAGACGGUGCUAGACAUGCUCCGGGAUGCUAUGUUAGCCAAAGUGGACUCUUCCAAUGGCUUCCUGAUCGACGGCUACCCGAGGGAGGUGAAACAGGGAGAAGAGUUUGAACAGAAGAUUGGACAGCCCGCAAUGCUACUGUAUGUGGAUGCAGGCGCCGAGACCAUGACCCAACGACUCCUGAAGCGAGGGGAAACCAGUGGCCGCGUGGACGACAAUGAGGAGACCAUCAAGAAGAGGCUGGAGACUUAUUACAAUGCCACAGAGCCUGUCAUCUCCUUCUACGACAAGCGUGGCAUUGUGCGCAAGGUCAAUGCUGAAGGCACAGUGGACACUGUCUUCUCUGAGGUCUGCACCUAUCUCGACUCCCUGAAGUAACUGGAGCCCUUGGCCAGCUCCCAGCCCGCCCCACCCUUAUCCCCUGACCCUAGGCAGCCUGGCUCAAGCCCAGCACCUCCACCCUGCUGGGCUGUGCACAGACACAGGAAGCCAUGUUAUCCUGUCCCAUGGACACUAAAGAAAUUGCCAAGGACGUUUAGGAUUGCUCCCUUUACUUUGCUUCCAACUGAGGUGAUUCAUGCUGCCACAGCCAGAGGCUCCAGCACAGCCAGCCUAUUCUUUCCUGUGCCUCAGCCCAGCUGUCCUGCUCCCUCUGGCUCUGCUGAGAUCCUAGGCUCUUCCUUAGCCAGGCUGUGUCAAACCUAGGGCCCUUGGGUUGAUAGGCUGCUCCUGGGGUCUGGGUCCUCUGUUUCUCAUAACCUUGUGGUAUGGCUUUUUUCCUGAGCAUCUCUCUGGAGUGAGUUUUCUUCUUUUUUCUUUUUUUUUCCUUCCUUCCUUUUUUUCUUCUUUUUUCUUUCUUUCUUUUUCUUUUUUUUUUUAGACAGUCUCAUGUGACUUAAGCUGGCCUCAAACCUGUUAUGUAACUUAGGACAUCCUUGAUCCUCCUGCCUCCACUUGUCUUCCUGUGUGCUGAGAUUACAGGUGUAUACCUCCACCACUCCUGGUUUUUGGGGUGCUGGGGAUCAAGCCCAUGGCCCUGUGUAUACUAAGCCAGCACUUUAUAGAUUGAGCUACAUCCACAGGCCGAGCGAGUUUUCUAUGCCUGACUAGGGUCUGGGCUGCAAUGAGCAAAGGCCCACAGGCCACCGGCUGGGGUCACGUGGCCACUGGGUAUCAAGGAGCUGUCCAAUGGGCACUGUCUCAUAGUGCUGUGAGAAGCUGAGGUCAGGAGUGGUCUUUCUGAGGAAGAGACUUGAAGGCUCCCUUGGUAAGGCCCUGCCAGGCCUUGCCAUCCUUCGGCUGGUUUUAAAACUUGUUCUGUCAUGUUAUAUCCCAACCCUUAUCCUUGGCAUUAAAACAAGAACAUAUAGUUAAGGAGUGUGAGCUGCCAUAGACAUGGAUGUGUGAUCAAGCACCAGGCCUGGAACCCGAGGGGACACCCAGGGACCCCCAGAAGAGCUAGCACCUCUCUUCUGCUCUUCAUUUUUUGAUCUCGAUACACAGAAGGCUCUGCUGGUACACAACUGUCCUUGGGCCCUGUCCCCAUCCCUAGUGACUUCCUCUGUAAGCCCAGAUAGCCUGUAAGCCAGCAGACAUGGCUGUCCCAGGGACUCCUGCCCCUGGGGGUGACGGUGCUCACUCCUUUCUGUUUACUGUCAGUGGGGCCACCUUUCCUUCUGCAUUGCCUAUUUAAGCUGUCCUUUAAAAUAAAUAAAUAAAUGUAUUUCAGUUAUAA